AUGUGUGGAACUGAAAUAGAAACUACUGAACACCUUCUAUUACACUGUCCUUAUGUUAAAGAAGUAUUAAAUUCAUCUCCAAACCCCAUCUCCCUUAACAUAGAUUGUUCUAGUACUUUCUUAGAGAAAUGUAAGGAUUGGAUCAAUAACCCUAGGAAAAAGAUUUCUUUAGAAUUAAUGUUUACUAAGAUGUGGUUUAUUUGGAAGGAAAUAUGCAACAAAAUUUUUGAAAACAAAUCAACAUCAUCUAAUACCUUGGCUAUAGAAAUACAAGGAUAUAUUUAUUUCUGGUCAAAGAGGAGUAGUGCACAAGACAAACCCAAGAAACAACGGAAGCAAACUCUAACACCAGUUUGGAAGGCACCUCUAAAGGACACCCUCAAAAUUAAUGUUGAUGAUGCUUGGAUUUCUCACUCUUUACCUUCAAGUUAUGCUAUAAUUCUGAGAGAUGAUGGAGGCAACUCAGGAGGAGGAAAAGCAGGGCAGUCAGAAGCUCUAGACCCACAAGAAGCGGAAGCUUUAGGAGAGCUACAAACAGCUAUUUGGGCGCAAGAAAAAGUUCUGGAAAAUUUUAACAUUGAAGGAGACUAUGAAAUCCUUUUUAAUUACGUUCAAGGAAAGAAAUCUGACAUCUCUUGGCGCUCUAAGGCUUACUUAAAUGAAGCAGACAUACUAGUGGAUUUUUGCAACAACUUUUUGGGUUUUUAUUUCGUUCUAAGACUAAGAAAUAUGGUGGCAGACACUUUAGCAAAAUAUGUUAGGGCUUUAAAUUCAACUGUUUUGUGCGAAAACAUUCCUCCUUCUUGUAUCCAACAUUAA